UUUAUAUUAAUCAUAAUAACAAACAAUGGCUAAGUGGAUUUCUAUUUCAUCAUCAUCAUUUUCAUUGUGUAAAAGUGAAAAUGUUUUUAGUAAUAAUCAUCAUCUUCCUCUCCUCUUUCACUCAAAUAUUUCUUCACUCAAAGCCAAAGCAUGGAAGGGGUUAAUAGUUGAGUGUAGUGCAAAUGAUGUUCCUUUGUCUCCCAUUGGCUUUUUGGAGCGUUCUUCUAAGGCUUAUAGAGAUAACACAUCUCUUAUCUAUGGCUCUAUCCAAUACACUUGGAACCAAACUUAUCAACGUUGUCUCAAGCUAGCUUCUGCUCUCACCCACUUGGGAAUUUCACAUGGAGAUGUGGUAUCUACUUUUACAUACAAUCUACCAGAAAUCUAUGAGCUUCACUUUGCAGUCCCAAUGGCUGGUGGGAUUCUCUGCACACUCAAUGCUCGACAAGACUCGACUAUGGUGUCAACCCUACUAGCACACUCAGAAGCCAAACUCAUCUUUGUAGAACAUCACUUACUACAAACAGUUCAAGGAGCAUUUGAUCUUUUAUCACAAAAACAUGUCAACCCUCCAACUUUAGUUUUACUAACCAAUUUCGAAUCUAAGAACAACCACUCAUACAUGCACUAUGAUGAUUUGUUAGCCAUUGGGAAUGAUGACUUCAAAAUAAUUAGGCCUAAAAGUGAAUAUGAUCCCAUCAGCAUAAACUACACCUCCGGCACAACUUCAAACCCGAAAGCUGUUGUUUACACUCAUCGCGGGGCGUUUUUGAACUCCAUAGCCAUAGUUUUGGUUCAUAACAUGGGAUCAAGGCCAGUGUAUCUAUGGUCAGUGCCUAUGUUUCAUAGCAACGGUUGGUGUCUUCCAUGGGGGGCUGCAGCUCAAGGUGCAACAAACAUAUGCAUUCGAAAAGUUACCCCAAAAGCUAUUUUUGAUAACAUUUAUUUGCAUAAUGUGACACAUCUUGGAGCAGCACCAACUGUGUUGAACAUGAUUGUGAACUCAUCAAAAGACUAUCUUCACCACCCGCCUCUCCCCCAUAAGGUGGAGAUCAUGACGGGAGGCUCACCGCCCCCGCCACAAAUCAUUGCAAAGAUGGAAGAAAUGGGGUUUGUAGUAACUCAUAUCUAUGGCCUCACUGAAACUUAUGGUCCAGCUACUCAUUGUGUAUGCAAACCAGAGUGGGAUGCUCUGCAGCCAGAGGAACGGUAUGCAUUGAAAGCUCGACAAGGGUUAAACCAUCUCGGGAUGGAAGAGAUGGAUGUGAAAAAUCCGGUGACAAUGGAAAGUGUUAGGGCGGAUGGUGCAACAAUUGGUGAGGUUAUGUUUAGGGGAAACACUGUGAUGAGUGGAUACUUUAAGGACUUGAAGGCGACAGAGGAGGCUUUCAGGGGAGGGUGGUUUCAUAGUGGGGAUCUUGGGGUGAAACAUGAGGAUGGUUAUGUAGAAAUUAAGGAUAGAAAGAAAGAUGUGGUGAUAUCAGGAGGGGAGAAUGUGAGUACAAUUGAGGUUGAGAAUGUCUUGUAUAGCCAUGAAGCAGUGCUCGAGGCUGCUGUGGUGGCGCGCCCUGAUAAGAUUUGGGGCGAGACGCCUUGUGCUUUCGUGACACUUAAGGAAGGAUUUGAUGGUGUUGUUAAUGGUGAUGAGAUUAUCAAAUUUUGUAGAGAUCAUUUGCCUCAUUAUAUGGCUCCCAAGACUGUAGUGUUUCAAGAGUUACCAAAGACUUCAACUGGUAAGAUACAAAAGUUUAUUUUGAAGGAAAAAGCAAAGGCCAUGGGCAGCCUUUCUUGAACCUUUUUAAAUUGUAAUGCUCAUUAAUACUAUUUAGUACAGUUGGAUUAAUGGUUAUAA